UCGAAUAUAAGCAUACGUGUUUCACUUCCGCUUCCGCAGAUGGUUAGGUUUCGCCAUUUGGAUCGUGACCAUUGUUAAGGUUAAGGGCCAAAAGAUCAUCGUCGUUCACGACGAAAGGGGAGGCCGACUGCUCCCUGAAGACGAGCUUCACGCUCACCGACGUUCGCGUUUUCAUCCCCGUACAGCUCCGUAUCGACUUGUCGGCACGUCGGCAUAUCGAGACACUUUUUAUCACUUUGGCACUGACGAAACAUGGCUUAUUGAAGAAGAUGACGGGCAUGCGAAAAGAUAUCAUUUCUCCGAGGAGAGGAGACGGAGGAGACCGCAGCUGCGACGAGACGAGUCACCAGACUGGCUAUAAUCGAUUCACAAAUGGAUGUAAAGACGAAACUUACGCCGUCCUCUGCCGAGGGGACUGCUACUGAUGCGAGAGAGAACCAAGGUACAUCCACCUCAAGGUCAUCGCGCAAUGAUGUUAACAAUGAACUCUAUCUGGGAACAUUGCGCAAAAGAGAACCUACUGGCGCCAGUAAAUUUGCUAAAAAUGAAACCAAAAAUGAACCAACAAAGUACAAUGUACAGAAAGCAAAAGAUUUUGUUAAGAGACAGAGACCUAAAGGACAACAUCAUGGCGGUGCAGAGAAGAAUUCCAAGGUAGUGGAAAACAAGCUACCUGAGUAUGACUCAGUAUUGGUCCAAGGAAGAAAAAAAAAUGGCAAUUAUUUGCUGAAUUUUCACUACGCACGAAAUAUAACGCGAGAUGCACAAAGCAGGGAUGUAGGAAGACAUAGUUUCAACAAUGAUAGAUUGCUUCCACCAGUGCAGCGACAUAAGUACAACAAAGAACAAUUUAUACAAGCUAGCUGCCAGUUUGUUGUAACUGCAAGCGGAGAUUAUUCCUUAUAUUUGACCAACGCUGAUAUUCUUGUGGAUUGGAAAUUGAUUGAGCAAAUUAAAUUACACAAUUCAGAAAAUCUUUGUUGCCCUAUUUGUUUACAUGCACCAGUCGCAGGCAAAAUGACUCGCUGUGGUCAUGUCUAUUGCUGGCCCUGUAUUCUUCGUUACUUACGUUAUUGUCAAGAAACAGGCAAUUACAAAUGUCCCAUUUGUGAUGAAUAUCUUCAUAAAGAUGACUUAAAAAGUAUAUAUAUCGGAUGUACACACACAUAUAUAUAUAUAUAUAUAUAUAUAUAUCUUAGUGUGGUCGAGAUUACGCGAAAUACAUACAACUUGGGUGAUACAAUCAAUUUACGUUUGAUGCGACGCGAAAAGACUUCACUAUUUGCGACACCUAUGGAACCUAUGAUUCAUCCACCAACAACAUUUCUAUCCGUUUCGAAAAGUGCUGCUAAUCAGAUAUAUUCAAAACUUCUUAUUGCAAAUGUAAAAGAUAUUAUGGACAUCAUAGAGCGCGAGCGUUCUGAAUUAGAACUUGAACUUAAGGAUAAUCCAGAUAUGGCUUUUGACAUCGACCAAGCACUCGGCGAAUUAUUGAAAAGGAAAGAAAAGUUAUGGAAGGAUACAGAGUCUAAAGAUGCUCUAUCCAUGGAAAAUACAAUAAAAAAAGACAUUACUGAGGAAACACCACACGGAAAUGAAAUAAAUGCCAACAAAUGUUGCAAAGAGGAUGUUACGCCUUUAGAAAAACAAUCUUCAAUAGAUAGUGUUUCCAGUGAUAGCCAAUCUGUUUCAAAUCCUCCCAAAUUUUUAUACUUUUAUCAAGCUGAGGAUGGACAGCACUUAUAUCUUGAUAGGUUGAAUGUGAGCAUGUUGAAAAAGCAAUAUGGUAGUCUGGAGUAUUGCCCACCUGUUAUAAUGGGUAAACUUCUCGAGAAGCAAGCAAGCAUCUGCACGGCUAAUUUGAGGAAGAAAUUACCAUGUCUUUCUCACUUACCACUUACUUGUCUAUUCGAAUCAGUUGAGAUCGAAUUAAAACCGCCACUCGUAUCGGAGGAAGUUCUUUGUAAUUUCCAUGAGCAAUUGAAUUCGAGACAGAAAAACAGAGAACAGAAGAAACGCGAAGAAAAUAAAAGGGAGAAAAAAAUAAUAGAAGUUGAGAAUAGACUGAUUGGCAUCUAUCCAACGCCUAACAUUGACAUCGAAUCGCAUCAACAUUUUCCUCAAUUGCAAGCAGAACUACAAUUUUCCAACGAGCAUGUACUGUCGCUCUCAGAAUCGGCAACUUCGAGUAUCGCUAGUAGUCCACCUUUGAGCGCGUUCGAUGAAAUUCCCAAACAAGAAACGGACCAUUCAUCGCAUGGACAGAUCCGAACAUUUGCCGAUAUAACCAAAAAGUUAUCGUCAACAAUACCAAUAAAGACGUGUAACAAAUCUACCAAUGCUUGGCCGUCUGUAAAAUCGAGAAAAUACAACGUCAGUACAACGUCAUCCACCAAGAACGAAGAAGUAUCAGGGAAAGAAGCAACAAAGACACAUGAUAAGUCUGCCAAUGCUUGGCAUGUAAAAUCGAAAACAUAUUCUGGUACAAGUUCUUCUUCUAAUGAAGAUGAAAAAAAACCAUAUGUUUCUGAACAAGCGAAGGACGAGGGUAGCGCAGCUGGCAAGAAGAAGAAGAAAAAGAAGAGUAAAGGAACUGUACUGUUAACGACUGGCAUGACAUCCGGUUAUUCUUUGUAAUUACCUAUACAAUCGCAUAUGAUAUUUUUUGCGUGCUAAUUUUUUGCUAUAUAAUGGUAAUUGGUAACUUUAUUGGAUCAAUUGUAGAACAUUUUUAAUUUCGUUACAGUUCUUGUGUGCUACAAUUAUUUGAUAUCGUAGGGCAUACAUAUUGAAUGUCUUUAUUUCUGUACUGAAAAUUAUUGUAAUUCUUUACCAUAUAAACAACAAUUAUUUAAUGAUA